AUGAACGGGGUAAUCGAGGCGGUGCACGUUUACGACGACAACAGCGUCCUGUUAUCGCACAUCUUCGCCGGACGCCCAUUGUCGGCAGAGCACCUCUUGCCUCUCUACCUCGAGCAUCCUUCGCCGAGGCCCAACCUUGCCUACCUCCCGAACACGAAUCCACCGACGCUCAUCUUCAGCUUGACGCACUCGAACCUGCUGUUCCUCGCCACUUCCUCGGCUGAGAUUGAGCCGCUGCUGGUCCUCGAGUUUCUGCACCGUGUCGUCGACGUCUUGGAAGACUUUCUUGGCGCACCUCUUCUCGCCGUCAAGAUCGAGAACAACUACGAUGUCGUGGCCCAGCUGCUGACGGAGAUGUGCGACGCGGGCACCGUCAGCACGACGGAGCCCAACGCGCUGAGGGAGGUCGUCGAGAUUGAGGGCUGGAUGGGCAAGCUGCUGGGGAGCAUAAGCCUGCCAGGGCGAGUCCCCCCAAGAGCACGACGGAUGCCACGCUCGGCUGACAUGACGGACAGGAAAUCGCCUCUGAGCAACAACUUCUCGACGGCGGCCCCGCCGUCUCUGUCGCCGGCCAACACAGCAACCUUACCUUGGAGGCGAGCAAACGUGCGGCACACGUCCAACGAGUUAUAUGCAGACGUCGUCGAGACAUUGUCCGUCACGCUCGCGCCGUCGGGAAGGCCGCUCGCGGCAUUUGCCAACGGAACCAUUGCCUUUACCGCCAAGGUAUCGGGUGUACCCGAUGUGACGGUCAACAUCACGAGCCCAUCGGGGAUGCACAACGUCGGGAGCAUCAUGGAGCUGCCGGUAUUUCACCCGUGCGUACGAUUGAAUCGAUGGAAAGAGCGACCCGGGGAGCUGAGCUUCAUUCCUCCCGACGGUCGUUUCAUCCUGGCCGGAUACGAGGUCGAUUUACUUCCGACGACGACGGGAAAGAGUGGUGGCAUAAGCUCGAGCCAGCUGAAGCUGCCGGUGCACCUCGACAUGAAGACCGGUCUAGGGCCCGUCGGUUCCGAGUUUGAGGUUCGGCUACAGGUGGACAAGGUGUUGGGCACCCUGAGCUCCUCGUCGACGAGCCAACCGGGACGAGGCGGGAGCACAGGCAGGCUUGGGGGUCCGCAUCCCGGCUCCCCCGGCGCUCCCUUGCUCGACGACUUGAAGAUUACAAUUCUGCUGCCGGAGGAGGUGCGGAAUUUGUCCGACAUCCGGCCCAGCAAGGGCGAUGCCAGCUUCAACCCCGGGGAGCGAUUGCUCGAGUGGCACGUGCCGGCGAAGGAGCUAUCAGGACCAUCGUCGCACUUUGGGCUGCGGUGCAACGUUGUUGGGCCGCUGGCGGAGGGGACGGAACACGAGUUCGACCCGAGCGGCUUCGGAUUCGGCACCGACUACGCAUACAACGAACCGUACCAGGCCGCUGGCUCGGACAAGGCCGGGAAGGACAAGGCCGGAGACGGUGGCGAGCAGGAUGCCAAGAGGGUGGCCCAGAACAAGAUCCUGAUGCCCAGCUCGGCAUCCGUCAGCUUCUCGGUGAAGGGCUGGCUUGCCAGCGGACUCAAGGUCGACAGCAUCACCAUGGACACGAGGAAGAGUCGGGGCCUAGGCGAGGGCGUGAGGCCAUACAAGGGUGUAAAAUACUUGACUGUCAGCAAGGGCGGCGUCGAGAUUCGAAGUCAGGUCAUGGAGGUUUCGGUCCUGGCAGAGGUUCUACACUUAGUGGGUGUCGACAGUGGCCCACGACCCGCUCCGUCCACGUCGAUGAAGCCCUUUGCUGGUCCUGCGCUCCGGCGCGGGAACGUUGCUGCGGGCGGCCACGCUCGAUGCCUCGGGCUGGGCGUUGCAGCCGGAGCGGCGGCGGCGACGACGACGACGACGCGAGCCUCGAGCUCGAUGACGAGACCCAAGACGGCCAUUUUCUUUCCAGGCCAAGGCACGCAAAAGGUUGGCAUGCUCACGCCCUGGCUCGAGGCCUUCCCUUCGACCGCGUCGGCCAUCAUAGAAGAGAUUGAUCACCAUGUCGGCUACAAGCUCUCCGAAGUGAUACGAAACGGCCCCUCCAAGGUGCUCACGCAGACGAAGAACGCGCAGCCGGCGAUCAUGGCGACGUCCAUCUGCAUCCUCCGCAUCCUCGAGCGCGAAUUCAACUUCAAGGUCGCCGACCACUUCGACGUCACCCUCGGCCACUCGCUCGGCGAGUUCGCCGCCCUCGUCGCCGGCGGAUACAUUCAGUUCGAGGAUAGCCUCUACCUCGUCCAGCAGAGGGCGGCGGCCAUGUCGGAGGCGACGCAGCGCGCCAUCCAGGACUACGGUGGCGAGUACGGCAUGGUGGCGGUCGUGACGGAGCCCGAGUACCUCAUCCCGCUCAUCGACGCCAUCCGGGAUUUUGUCGGCCACUCGAGCGCCGGGAGCAAGGCGGAGAGCAACCAGGACCUGCCACCGAUCGAGCAGGUGCUCAUCGCCAACAUCAACAGCAAGAACCAGAUCGUGCUGAGCGGCAACCUCGAGCGGAUCAGGACGCUCAUCGCGCACGUGCGCCAGUUCCUCGGCCACGACCCGCGCGCCGUCCGGCUCCGCAGCGACAGCCCCUUCCACAGCCCGAUCAUGAAGCCGGCGGUGGCGGUGAUGCGGACGCUCCUCGAGCGCAAGAGCCGCGUCGCCGGCCGCGAGCACGAGGACAUCAUCACUUUCCCGGCCGCCAUGCCGUGCAUCAGCAACAUCAGCGCCCGCCCGUUCCAGAGCAAGGAGCAGCUGAAGGAGCUGCUCGCCCGGGGCUGCCUCGAAACGGUCCGCUGGUGGGACAGCAUCCGGUACCUCGACCAGGAGCAAAAGGUGAGGCGAUGGGUCGGCAUCGGCCCCGGCAAGGUCGGACGGAAUCUCGUCGGUAAGGAGGUUGGCGUCCGGGGAAGAGAUAUGGUGAAGGGAGGCGGCGUCUGGGCCAUCACCGAUCCGUCCGAAGUGGAGGAGGUUCUUCGUGGACUGGAGGAUACGGCGGGCAUCGUCGACGACGAUGAUGACGACGAAUGA